UUCCCCUCAACCUCUACCAGGUUUUUUUUUGCCAGAAAAAUGGCGUCCUCCCUGCUUUCUCCUUCCAGGAUCUUACUCAAAGGAUCAUCCAUGGUUCUUCCACCGCCAUUAAUGGCUGCUCGCAGGUUACCCAAGAUGAAGAAGGGAGCGAUAAAGUGCAAGGUGGAGGAGAAGCGAGAAGGGAAGAGGUCAGAAGAAAGGAUGGUUUCGGGGACGGUAGCGACGGUGGCGAUGGCUACAAUGGCAGCGGCCGGUCCGGCAGUGGCGCUGGUGGAUGAGAGGCUGAGCACAGAAGGGACAGGGCUGCCUUUUGGUUUAAGCAACAACCUGCUAGGGUGGAUUCUAGUUGGGGUGUUUGGUUUAAUUUGGGCUCUAUACUUUGUUUAUGCUUCGUCCUUAGAUGAAGAUGACGACUCUGGUUUGUCACUCUGAAUCAAUCACCACUGGUAUAUAUUGUCUGUUUUAGCUCGUUACGUAUCA